AUGUUCCCCGUCCCCCUGGCUCCGACCUCGGCAUCAGUACCACCAAAUCAAAUCUCAGUAGUACCACCGAAUCCAAUCUCAGCAGUACCGUUGAAUCCAAUUUCAGUUCCGAAAGAUUUGGGUUCCGAAGUCACAUCAGUACCGCCGCCAAAUCCAACCAAAGAUUCAGUUUUUGAAAUCGCAGCCUCCCUCACCAACAAGAAAGAAUCCCUACCAGAUCUACCCGAGCCGCUGUUGUUUGCCCUCAUUAAAGAGACUGGCCCUCCAUCUAGUGAAGAAUCUUGUGCAAAAUCUCAAAAGUAUUAUAUUCCAGCGGAACAAAGUGAGAAAGCUUGGAUCGAUCAUACUCCAGCAUUCAAACCUACCAAAUCCGCUCCCACUCAUAAUCCAGCAAUCGAACCUACCACAUCCGCUCCCAGCUCAGGAACACCAACGUUGAUCAGAGAUCCGAAGAGUUACAACUAUACGCCAGGAGGUAUGUAA